UACAGCACAAUGCUGGCUUGUUGGGAGGCCGGACCCUCAGACCGACCCACCUUCACUAACCUGGUGGAGACCCUGGGAGACCUGCUGCAAGCCCGCGUUCAGCAGGAAGGGAAGGAUUACAUUCCUCUAGGGUCUUUUAUGGCUGGAGAUACUGGUCGCAGCGUGACAUGCAAAGAAAACCCGCUUGCAGUCACAAACCUGAGUUACAUGAGGGGUAUGGCCACACUUCAGACAUUUGAGGAACUUCCCUGCGCGGAGCCAGACAGCCUGAAUGAUGAGCAGAGUGACAGCGGCAUGGUCCUGCCGUCCGAAGAGCUGAAGCACGUGACGUGGAAUAAAUGCACCAAGGGCGAGAAAUUUAGCAGGUAAUCUGUAAUCUCUCAGUGACUCGCCAUUUAACGUUAUGUCGUCUGUCACAAGAACACACAGUGAGGUUGCAAACAAUCAAAAAAUAUACUUGUGAUGUGAAGAAAACAGUUAAAGGGGACCUAUCAUGCAAAAUGCACUUUGUGAUGUCUUUUAUAAAUAUG